AUGGUGACUGCUCGGGAUCGAAAACGGCAGCCCAUCCACACCGCCGGCUUCUUGAACCGGUUGCGUGCGGUGGGCGAAUUCGUUCUGACGAGGGUGCGGCUGAGGAUGUUGCCGCGAAUCAUCAGCGCGAUUCGCUGCCGCCCGGAUAUAGUCGUCACAGCGGCACAGAUGCGACUCGGAUGGGAAGCGCGUAUAGAUCUCGGAUUCCGUUGGGCCAAGUCAGCUUCGAUGUGGAAGUAUUUCGUAUUUAGGACCGCCAAGCUGCCGCUCAAGUAUCUAUUGGGACACCUUGACGUGAUGUUGCCCGAUCGUCUGCUUACCUGCUCGGCACCGCCACUUACGGAUGAGGUUGACCCUGGCAACGAGACUGUGAGCUGGCUGCUGGACCUUGGCUUGGAGCGCUGGGGUGAUGCGGAGGAUUGCCAGCGUCUUCGCGCCAGCUUCGAGUACUUCUUUGCCAAGAAGCAUGGACCGGAGACGGAGAGCUGGUUUUUCCGCUGCCCCUACCCGCAUCAUGAGGUGAAGGUGAUGGCGCGACUUCAUGCUCCUAAGGAAAACGUCCAUUUUCCGAGGCGCUGGCUGACCGUUUCCUUCCUGAAGAUAUCGCAUCCGAAGGCCCUCGGA